GGGGAGCUCCGCUACAACAUGGUGUCGUCGGAGUGUGUGGGCAUCAUCCACAAGAAGCCGAAGGAGGGCGGCAUCUCCGCCGUCGGGGGCACGGGCUCGGUGUACACCUUCUACGGGCCGACGGAGGAGAAGUACAAGCACGUCAGUGAUAAGUUCCAAGCGGAGCUCCCCAAGCUCAUGGCAUCCCUGGAGCUCCCGGUCGAGCCCCUUCCGCUGUGGUGGACCAGCGACUUCAUCAACGCGUCGCCCCAGGGAGUUGAAGCGAAGGACGAGCAGUGGAUCGUCGGCGAGUUCAACUGCUCGUGCGUCGGCAUUUCCGCAUGCCUGAAGGCCUUCUGCAACGACGAGAACCCGAACGCCAAGUUCACAGACAUCCCCGCGGAGGAGCUGGCAGAGGCCACCAAGUACGGCCAGCUGAUCGGCAAGAAGGCCAAGGAGCUCCUGGAGAAGAGCCACCCGUCCGCGUUCCCCGUUGACAUAUCUUCGGUCACGAGGGUGGCCAAGAACUACCAGGGCCAGAUGCUGCAGCCGGCUGCCCCGAAGUACAAGAUCGCCCUGGUCCAGGUCUACGUCCGUCCCGCCGAAUUCGGCGGCUCGGACAAGAGCUACAACCACCACCGCUACGACUCCAUGCCGUUCGCGAACGGGUGCAUCGAGGCAGGCAUGAGCUGCCAAAUGGUCCACUACGUGCACGAGGAGCACGACAAGUUCUUCCAGUUGAUGCUGAAGUUUGACGCCCUCAUCGUCCGGUGCAAUCCUGGCCAGAUUGCAGCUGACGGCGGAGACCAAGCCAAGUUCGACGGCGCGCUGCGGGAGCUGCGCCAGAGAGCCAUCGGGGUUUGGCCGUCGCCCGAUGUGAUGGAGUUCAUGGGCGCCAAGGACGCCCUGGUAAAGGUCAAAGACCUCAGCAUCGGCCUGCCAGAUACACUGGCAUACUACGGCGAGAAGGAGUUCGCCGAGGGCUUCAAGAAGACGAUGGCUUUCCAGCCGCGCGUCAUCAAGCAGAACCGUGGCUCGGCGGGCGAGGGCAUCUGGAUCAUCAAGCUGAAGAACGAAACGUACUGCCCGAAUUACGGGGACCGCUCCUGCGAGGACACGGAGGUGCUCACGCUGAUGGAGGCCAACGACAACCACGAAGAGGAGCACACCGUCGCGGAGUUCAUCGAAUUCUGCACGAACGGCAAGACCGCGGCGGCGGGCACCUGGACCUCCAAGGGCGAGGGCAAGUACCUCGAGGGAGGGAAGGCCAAGGGCGGCCAGCUGGUGGACCAGCGCUUCUGCCCGCGCAUCGUCGAAGGGGAGCUCCGGUACAACAUGGUCUGCGACGCUCUGCUGGGCAUCAUCCACAAGAAGCCGAAGGAGGGCGGCAUCUCGGCCGUCAGCGGCACGGGGUCGGUGUACACCUACUACAAGCCCGAGGAGGAGAAGUUCGAGUCCCUGACAAACAGGUUCCUGAAGGAGGACUUGGCCAAGGUCAUGCCUGCCCUUGGCCUCGCAGAAGAGCCAAUUCCGCUGUGGUGGACCAGUGACUUUAUUCUUGCCUCCGAGAAGGGCACCCCCGUGAAGGACCUCGCCUACUCUUCUCUCAAGGGGCGCCAGACGUGCUUCCCCUCUGCCCGGCCUGUCCCUGCCCCAUGCCGCGGCUUUGAUUUUCGAAGGUCGCGGUGA